CUAGUAACAUUAAGUAAUACCGUAAGCUGCCUGUGGGAAUUAUACAGGUGUUUCAAAAUGUUCCAUCUCCCUCAAUUGAUUGUAGCAGGUGAUAUGCCUUGUCAGUGUGUCAAGAAGUGGCUGCUUGGGUUAAUGAUUGCCAAGCUCCUCUAGGUCCUCGUCGGCUACACUCAUUGUGCCUCAGCCUGCCCUCAUCAUGCUUCCAGUUGUGGUGUUCCUACUGCCCCUUUUAUGGUUCAGUACUGCCCAGAAGUCUGAGCCACUCAGUGACCCUAGUUCCCAACCUUUGUUCCGUGGUUCAGACCGUUAUGACUUUGCUGUCCUGCUGGGCCCUGGAGGAACCGAAUGCUUUUGGCAUUUUGCUCAUCAGGAUGGCUACUUCUACUAUGGGUAUGAGGUUCAGUGGACAUCAGGAAUAAUGCAGAACAGGCAUGUUACUGCCUCCGCUUUUACUCCAGAAGGCUUCCAGAUUGAGCAAUCACACGACGCUCGUGGUCAAAUUAACUUUAAAACAAAGGAGACUGGGUUUUAUCAGAUUUGUUUGAACAACUGGCAAAAUAGUUUUGGUCAAGCACAGGUCUACCUAAAUUUUGGAGUUUUUUAUGAUGGUGUUGGGCCGGAACAUGUGGAAGUCCAAAAACAAAAGUUAAAUGACACCCUGGUGACUAUUGAGGAAAGCGCACAGACCGUUCAGAACCGGGUUCUUCAUAUGUGGCGAUAUUACAACUUUGCAAGAAUGAGGAAAGGGUCUGAUUACUACAUCCUCUUAUCAAAUUAUCACUAUGUGAACUGGUGGUCUGCUGUGCAAAGUCUGCUAAUUGUGGCCUCAGGAGUCCUGCAGCUUUACUUUCUGAAACGUCUCUUUAAUGUGAAAACAACAACAGACACACAAAAACCCCGAUGUUAAGUUAACACAAACAUCAGUCUCAAAUUGUGUCUUGAAGAUUAUUUUACAGUCAGUCACUAAAAAUUAGUCAGUCUGUAUUUUGUUCAUAUAAAAAUUAUACAAGCACACAAGAUUCUCAAACAGAUCAUCUAGACAGGCCAAAUGGAUGUCACUGCUGUGUCCUGAUUGGGCUCAUUUUGAUUGUUGCAUACCAUUUAUCUGAUAAAUCUGCCUCUUCUACCCCAGAGCCUGAACUGAUUAUUGCCAAUGAAAUGUGAGUGUUGUUGAAAGUUAUAGUUAAUAUAUGUUUGGGCCAUAUAGGUCAUCUAAUAGACAACUUUCUUGUUGAAAUAAAACUGUACAAAAA